UACAUAAAAAAAGGCGUUAAAUUGAGUCGUUCCCACACCUACUAUACUGGUGUAGGAAGUUUAGCCAAGGGGUGUGGGCUCUACUUGUAGGCACAAAUCUGACCAACGCUUCAUACGUACAUUUUUUACAUUCAUACGUGCCAACUUGCCGCGUAACAGAUAGGCACACACGAAAGGGAACGAUGGCGGACGAAGAAACAUCCCAACGCAGCAAGCGGAAGGAGGAAGCUCCCCUGAGCAACGGGAAAACAAGUCACUCAAACUGCUUCAUCGCAAAAGACAUAGAAGAUAACAACCGUAUGAUGAGCAGUCUCAGUUGCCACUUGGAAAAUAACUCAAUGAAAGAACUCAACACGCAUGAAAGCAAUGGCAUGUUGAGUGACAAACAAAAUGGGCACCUAUCUGAGGGAAAGGAUCCCCCAAGCAAGGCCAUCCCAGAGGUAAUAAAAAAAACGGUGAAUAUUAAUCACAAGGGCGAAACAGUAACGUAUGUAUACACCCUCGUUUGCUAUAAAAAUUACAACAUUUUUUUUAUCUCGCCGAAUGGGAAAUUUGCCGUGUGGAUACAUUCGCACAAUGUCAUUAUGCCCUUCUCGGUGGAACAAGAAACGGAAAUCAUUUUUGGCGAAAGGAAUUAUCCCUACUUGGAAAUGUUUUGUACUCAGUUUAUGAAGGACCAUGCCGCUCUGAUGAAGUAUAAGUCGAUUAUGUUCGCCAUAUGUCUUCACAACAUGUGCUUCGAUGAUACCAAAGCUUUAACGGAAAUAUUUGCUGCGCUCAGCGCUAUGGUUUAA